AUGCGUGGCUUAUUUUUCAUCUCGACUCUGGGAAGCUUAGCCUCCGGCUUUGCCAUGCCCAACUUCCCCGUCAAGGGCCAUGAAUGGAUUCCAGCAGGACCGCAAGAUAGUCGAUCUCCUUGCCCCGGCAUCAACGUCCUUGCUAACCACGGCUACCUUCCACGCAAUGGCAAGAACAUCGACCUGCCAACUCUUCAAAACGCCGUCGCAGCCGCAUACAACUACGCCCCCAACACUUUUGACGACGUCUUUGCGCAGGUUCAAGCCAUGCAGCUCUCAACCACGGGGAACAUUUCCACCUUCAAUCUCGCCGACGUGACCAAGCAUGGUUACAUGGAGUUUGACGGAUCGUUGUCGCGCAAUGACUUUUACUUUGGAGAUGCCCAGCACUUUGAUCCCAAGAUUUGGGCCACCAUGGUAGAGAGAUUGGCUUUGAACAAGGUCACGAAGGACCCCAUGUCAAAGUAUGUCACUAUUGAAACAGCGGCCAAGGCGAGGGCUGCGCGCGUUGCAGACGCCAUGAAGGCCAACCCGACCUUCAAUGCUUCGGCUCUUGAGGUUCAGGGCAGCCCCGGCACGACGGCUCUGUAUUUGACAACGCUGUGGGAUGAUUCUGUAGGAGCUGCUCCCAAGGAAUGGAUCAAGAUGUUCUUUGAAUUCGAACGCCUCCCUUUUACUAAGCCCAAGACCCAGAAGACAAAUACGGAUAUCGGAAACAUGUUUGCAAAGGUUCAGGCCGUGCAAGUGUAA